UAGUUUUAUCUGUCAAGUUAUGUGAUGACGGUACGUGAUUACAAGCUUUAUCAAAUUAAGCAAAUCUUUCUCGUUAUCAGUGUGGUUUUAUUUUGCUAUCGUAGAAGAAUUUCAGCCCACGAUCAUUCGAGCCGUUUAUUUAUUUAAUCUUCCGAAAUGACAUCCUUCUUUGGUGUGGGCAUCAGUCCAUUUUCCACUCCCGUUGGACAGCGAAUAGAGAGAGCUACCGAUGCAGCAUUGCCAGAUGUAGACUGGUCUCUUAACUUGGAAAUCUGUGAUUUGAUUAAUGAGAGAGAGGAUGGACCAAAAGAUGCGAUCAAAGCUAUACGGAAACGACUCGUACAGAAUGCGGGCAAGAAUCAUACAGUAGUCAAAUACACACUAAUCGUUUUGGAAACAUGCGUGAAAAAUUGCGGCAAGCGAUUUCAUGUGCUAGUCUGUAAUAAAGAGUUUGUUCAAGAGCUGGUGAAGUUGAUAGGACCAAAGAAUGAUCCUCCGACUGAAAUUCAAGACAAAGUUUUAAGCAUGAUUCAGAGUUGGACGGAUGCCUUCAAAAACCAACCUGAAAUGUCAGGCGUAGUCCAAGUUUACACGGAACUCAAGACCAAAGGCAUUGAAUUCCCAAUGACUGAUCUCGAUACAAUGGCUCCCAUUUUAACCCCUCAUAAGAGCGUUGAUAGUGAUAUCCCAGUGGGAGUUGUUGCCACUGAAACGCCAAAAAGAGGUUCGGCACACCAGCAUGUCUCCGCUGCACCAGGUUCUCACAUGCUGACUCCCGAGCAGAUGGUAAAAUUACAAUCAGAGCUUGAUUUAGUCAACGGAAAUAUGACAGUCCUUAAUGAGAUGCUUACCGAACUCACCCCUGGCAAAGAGCAUCCCAGCGAUAUCCAGUUACUUGAGGAGCUGUACGGAACAUGCCGAGCAAUGCAGGAACGUCUAGCUGAAUUAAUAAGCCGAUUAGCAAAUGAUGAAUUGACUGCUGAGCUUUUGAGGAUCAAUGAUCUUCUCAACAAUCUGUUCCUUAGGUACAAUAGAUUUGUGAGUAACCGUGAAGGCGUUCGUGGCGAAGGAGAAGGUGCUAAAUCCAAAGUAAAAGAUGAACCCGAUGCUCUUAUUGACUUGAGUGAUGAAGCCACUAGUGGAAGUUCCAAUAUUAAUGCGCAAAUGGCAGCUAUGACACUGAGUGGUGCCACUGCUAUAAAGUCGCAACUAUCAUCAGUACCUGGUAUCCCUGCGAAAAUCCAUCAAAACUCCAACGUAGAAGAGGACUCAGCUUUUGACAUGUUUGCCCAGUCAAGAAAUAAAACUUACGAGUCGUCCAAAGUUGAUGGGAGCUCAUAUGAAGCCAAUUUAAAACCAGAUCAGGUGGCCAGUGGGUUAGGAGCAUUUGCGCAAAAUAGAUCUCAGCCAGCAAUAGCUGCGGAUCCGAUCAUUGGGAUGCACAAAGAGAGUGAUUUUGACGAGAUGGCAGCUUGGCUUGGAGCAAACCCUGGUUCAACUGAAGAAUCUUUGACUAGCAGUGAAUUUGAAAGUUUCCUGGCAGAGAGAGCAGCUGCUGCCGAAGCGUCUGGAACCACAACAACCACCAAUUCCACCAACGUCUCCAGUUCCUUAUCGAAUAGUCAACAGUCAUCCUCACCCAGGCACCGAAGCCGCAGCAAGAAAGAAUUGGAUGAAAGCAACAUGUUUGCGCUAUGAUCGACUCUACACCUUUAUAUUUGUAGUAAGUUUAAUCAACCAACCUAUCAGAUUUUUAAAACGGAGAACACAUUUGGCAGUACCUAUUUGUGCAGGGUAUCCACAGGUCUGGUAAACUGGAAAUUGUCAGGGACUUUAAUGGAGAAAAGUGGAAAUUUGAAAAAUCUGUAGACUUGGAAUGUGAAAACACAUCUGCGCUUGUCAACACAAUCAAAUUGAGGCUCAGUCUUAUUUAGGGCUCAGUAUUCUGUGAUACACUCCAAAUAUUGAAUAGAGGAAGAAUUCUCAGUAAGGAAUCGUUACUUCAUUUAAUUGAUUAAGAAAAAAAUUUCUGAAAAAAAAAAAAAUCUGCAGAAAAAAGUUCACUUUUCUCUGUCAUUUGUCGUAAAAAUAGUGUCCAAAAUUUCCAUUUUCAGUUCUAAAUCGUUGAUGGGAAAAGUCAGGGAAUUUUGAUUAUUUUGGCCUGGGAAAUCCUGAAAAAAUCAAUAAUUGUUUUCCCCCUAAGCUUGUAGACACCCUGACUUUCUCAUUCAAGGUUUGAAGAAAUUAUUCAAAGCCUGCUGUUUCAAUUUCAUUCAUUAUGUUUCAGGAUUCAGAAUAUUUUCUGAAACUGAGAGUGCGCAGUGGAGACUAGCAACAUGUGGUAUCGCAGUACUUAUCAUUAAUAAUUCACUUACCUGAUAAUGCGUUUCCCAACAGUUUUUUUGCAUCUAACUUGAAGUUAAUAUCACCCACUUUCAUUUUGCAUUUCCAUUUAUUAAUUAUUGACAUGAUAUACUAGUUUGUUGAGUUUUUCAAAGUAUUUUUUCGGGGACUAAAAUUUUAUUUUAACCUUGUUUAUAUAUUUUUAUAACAUCUCUAACUUUUGGAGUGCAUCUGUUGGUGUAUUCUUCAUAGAGAGAACCAAAUUGUAAUGCUGUUUUUCAUCCUGCUGGCUCUCCUCAAAAAAUUUCAUUAAUUUUAAUUAUCAGUCCAUUCCUGUCUUCACCAUAGCUCAAAGUUUUAUCGCAUGAAAUUGUUGCUGAUCGUUUUUAUACACACUUCUUAUAUUUUUAAAUUAUUUUGCAUCAGAAUGAGAAUAUAGAAUGGAUAAUUUUAUUAUCUCUCUGGAGGAAGCAAGUUGGAUAAAAUGUUGCAAUCAGAAUAAUUUUUCGAUCAGAAUAAUCUAUCAUGAAUGAUGUUGAAUCCAUCGAAGCAACUUUUUGUUCUGUUAAUUAGAAUGGGCCAUUGGACAAUUUCUGAGCAUUGAAAAAAAUGCCACGUGUCCUUUUUUUGAAAGUGAUGCAGAAAACUAUUCACACAAUGGUAAGCUUGAAAAUCAACUAUUAAAUGAGACAUUAAUAAUUAUUUUUAACACAGGACAAAUGGAAGUCAAAUUAUACAAAUUACUUACUUUGUAUUUUUGCCAUUUAACCAAUGUUGACGUAAACCCUAAUUUAAUCUUGUUUGGGAGUUGAUGUACAGACUUCCCCUCAUUUAACUUGUUUUUCAUGUGAACUUUUAAGGUGGAAAUAUGUUGCGUAGUGCUUUAAUUCAUACCUUGUGUAGAGACCCAUUUUUUGGGUAGUUUUCUUGCACCUCAAAGGAAAGAAAAACACCUCUAACUUGUGAUGUGUUUCCUACCCAAUUCCACUCGAAAAGAAAUGGAAAAUCCAAGUCAAGUUUAAUUUUAAGUUGUAGUCAUCCCUUUGAAGAAGUAUUAUUUCAGGAAGUGAAUCUACAAGAUUCUUUUUCCGUCACUCUUGCCGCCUUUUUUUCAUUAUUGCAGUAUUGUAAACUUGUAGCAUUUGUAUAUCCUUUGAGUUAGUGAUUUAACUCAAAUGGUGAUUUGCCCAGUUGACCAAUUGUGGUCAAACUGGCCUUGCAUAAUAAUAUAUUGCAUUAAUCAGGUAAAAAAUCCGGGCAAACUUCGAGUUUUGUUCCAAAAAAAGACCAUAACUCUAGAGCUUAACUCUCAGCACUGUGAAAAAUCACAGAAGGUCUUAGCACGGAAUCCAUCAAAUCUCCAGUGGUCCAUAAAAUUAUGAUGCAAGUAAUUCUGUAGACUUGUUCUUCAAGGAUUUUCUUUUGCCUGUUAAAAACUCUCAAGUUUGCCAAGAUUUUAAGCCCAAUUAAACACUAGAUUGACCUGGACUGGAAUUAAGAUCGAAAAUCUUAAACUUUGAGUAUUAAGACUGCGAUGGAGGCUGCAGCAGAGAAAAUUUUGUUAGUAAUCAUAUUCCUCAAAUCAACUCCCACAGGGUAAGUCAAAAGAGGCACUCUCAAAUUGCCAUGGAAGCUGUAAUCAUUAUGGGAACGUACUACCGUAGGAUAGCUCAACAAAAACCUGAGGCAUCAUAUUAGUUGAAAUUUUGUUUCCAUUCAACAAAGUAUCAGAACUGGUUUUAGGUUAUUGAAAAUAGAUAAUUCUGAGAAAACAUAAUUUCAAGUUCCUGGUUUCGAUUAAUAGUCAGAAAUAGUUUGUAUUUCCUCUGUCUUCAGGAUUUCUUUCCAAAAUUCAUCUGCAUUUUGACUUUGAAGAUCCAACUAAGUCAGGUUGUUGUGAUCAAGUUUUUCUCAUUACUUAAGCAGAGUCAAGUCUCCUAGUUUUUAUCGUUCUCUCUUGUGAUUGUUAUUCAUUUAUUGUUUCUGUUAUUUUAUAUUCUAUAAGAUAUUUUUAAUGUAUCAAUUAUUUCAUGUUUGUACAUUGUUCAUUGUGAAAUAGCUGUGCUGUGCGCCAAAAGAGUCUGUAACUCAGCAGCUUAGCAGUGAGCAACUUUGGUGUUUCUCUGCUGUUCCCCCUCCCCCUCUCUCUCCCUUUCUUUUUCUUUCUCUCUCUUAUAAUAAUUUUAAAGAACAUUCCUCACCAAAUCUUAACCUUGAUGGUUUAACAGGGUUGUGGCUAACUUCUGCUGAAGUCAAAAGGUGUUUUAUCUCUGACAUAAAUUGCUCAAAAGAGUGAGUGCAGUUCCUGUAAUAAAAGCUAAUUUAAAAUAUUUUUCAUCUGAUAACAUGAAUUCAAAAAGGAGAAAACUAUCGAUGCUUGAUGCAAAGAAGUAGCUGUAGCCUCAUCAUUUGCUUUAUCUGAAGAACUGCAUUUCAUUAUGGUAGGGUCAGUGCUGAGUUACGAAAGCAAGUAUCGGAUUUAAUCUUUUUCUUGGUGCAUCUUUUAAAAUUGAAAGUUUGAAGCUUGAAGCUUAAAUAAGCACAGUCUCUAUAGUGUAUUUUCCUAUGUUAUAUUGAAGGGAGAAUUAAAUUUGUGACCUUUUUGAAGUGCUCAUCGUGAUUUUUGAGCAAUUUUAGAUAAAAGGCAUCUCCUCUCUUUGCUGUACCCUCAGUUCAUUGCAACAACCUUAUUAAUUUGAACAGCAUUGUUUAAUGUAUUGGGUUCAAACCAGGAUCCCUCCGCUUUUUAAAAUUACAAUAGCAAAGCUCUGGAAAAACUACUCCCAUGAUUUUAUGUUAUCCUAAGCUUCAUCCUAAAAUUUUCACCAACAAUCCCAACUUGUCAAUAGUGUUUUCGAAUUUGAAAUUUCGAAGUAAGUCAGUUGUGUAAAAGCUUCGUUGCUAGUGAUUCUGCAUGAAAAUAAAUUCAUUUUAAAGGUUUUUAAAAAAAACUUCAAAUUAAAGUUGGCGAACUAUCCAUUAUCUAGGCUUACUUAUGUGGCUAAGCAUGGUCCGCUCAUCAGCUACAUUUUUUCCUCUUCACUAUUUUUCUGCAUUUCAUUGCCAUUGAGUGCACAUUUUAUUGUUAUAGUGAAUAUAGUUGUGGAAAAUCAACUUCUCUAAAGGAUUGCUUUUCUUUCAAAGUGUUUGUAACUUUAAGACUGAAUGUGUAGGGAUCAUCAGAUGUUCCCUUCCCUUGCCCAUCUAUAUCACAUGAACCAUUAGAUUAACCUUUCUCAAGCCUCUUUUUCAAGUUUGAAAGCUAAACGCAUUUUUUCCUCUUAUUUUUUCUUGUAAGUGCAAUAUUUUCAGUCCCAACAUUUUUAUCUAAGUUUUGCUAUGCAGCUAGCUUUGCUUUUCAAGCUACUUUUCUUUAUCAUCUUAGAGACUCUCUUGCCAAUUCUACACACUUAGGAAAGAUACAUAAUAAAAAAUGUAUUCCUCAUAGCCUGCUCUAUUCAUAUCCUGAUGUACACCUAAAAUACAUUUUUUUCAGUCAAAGACCGUCAGAAACUGGAGGAAUCUCGCUAGUCCUCCCAAAUUUUAACUCAAUAUCUAGAGAGGUUUCAAUGGGUUUAUGGUGUAAGAAUGAAAUGUUUUUAAGGUGCCGAAUUUUAAUUUGCCCCACCCAGUUUAUAAUGGUUUGAUGAGUUUCCAUUAAAGAGAAUAAUUCAAAUCCAAGUGAAAAGAAAGUUUCUUUUAUCGCCGAUUACAUAGUUAUCUCCCUGUACUUUACCAAUCCAUUGUUACUGUCAUAUAAAAAAAUUUAAUUCAUGCAAAAAUAAAAAAUAUCGAACUGAGAAUAUAUACAGCAUAUUUGCCUCCAUUUUAUAUUGCCUCAGCUCCUUAUAUUAAUCACUUUAUUCUAUAAAAUUUUUAAGGAAUAAAAUUGUCAGGCCUUAUUUUUAUUUAUAUCUAUUUGUACUUUUGCAUUAAGAUUUUAUAACACCUAGCAGUGCACUCUUAAUAUUUUCAACCAUUAUUUGCACGAAUCAAACUGACCUGAAAAUCAGUAAUUUUUGUUAUCAAGCAUUUGUUAUUUUGCCUUUCACUUGCAGAAGUUUCAUUUUUUUAUCAUGCGCUAAACCAGAAGCAGCUUUUAAUAUCACCAACUUUUUAUUUUCUUCCAAUGCAUACCUCUUAAUGUAAAUAUUUAUAUUCAUGUAUUAAAUAAAUUAUCAACUCUUUAAAA